UUCCCUGACAUAACAUCUACACCUUAUCUUCCUGUAUUAUGUGUAUUUCUUCCUCCAGGACUGUGUGUGGAUCCUCCACGUCUCCUCUUCUGUCCCCUCAGGUCCCUACAAUCCAGGAUCCUCUCAGCUGAUUCUUCUAUAGAAGAGAAUAUUCCUGAUCGACCAUCAAUGAUGGAGAAGGACAGAGACAAGAUGGCGGAGAGGAUAAUACACCUCACCAUAGAGAUACUCUUCCAGCUUACCGGAGAGGAUUACACGGUGGUGAAGAAGACCUCUAGGGGGCGCCAUCAGGCCCCUGUGUGUGAAGGAUGGGGAAGAACCCUGAGGCCAAUCCCGGGGCCUCCACCUCACUCCCUGAUACAUGAGGAGAUGAAUGAGCAGAAGAUCCUAGAACUCACCAACAAGAUGGUGGAGCUGCUGACUGGAGAGGUUCCUAUAAGGUGUCAGGACGUGGCCGUCUAUUUCUCCAUGGAGGAGUGGGAGUAUUUAGAAGGACACAAGGAUCAGUACAUAGCGGACAUAGUCAUGAUGGAGGAUCAGCAGCCCCUCACAUCAGCAGAGAGAUGUCCCCGUCCUCUUCCUCCAGAGGAUUCUUCAGAAGGAGAUGACAAUGUCCUCCAGGAUUAUCAGCUUAUGGAUCAGAGUAAAGAUGUGAAGAACAUUAAUGCUCCAGACAUAAUGGUGAAAGAGGAGACAGAUGUGAGGGGUGAUGAUCCGUGUACAGAGGACGUCCCUACAGCGCCCCCGCCAGAUGACUGUACCAUGUGCUCGGAGGGUCACCUGAUGUCUUCUGACUUUACCCCAGAUGAUUAUGACAUCACACAAUAUAUGUAUGAAGCCCAUGACCUCAUCAGAGAUCUACCCUCAGCCCUUCACAGCUAUGGUCUACCAUCUAAUACUAUUAUACAGGUCUUACCUCCUGAUCAAUCAUACACUGUUAAACAAAAUACAAUUCAUAGACAGGCGGUUACACCUCAUACGGCCUACACAGGGCAGAAGCCAUCUUCAUGUUCAGAAUGGGAAAAAUGUUUUCCCUUCCCAAGUCUUGUUGCACAUCAAAAAAUUCACAAAAGAGCAAGGCCAUUUCCAUGUUCGGAAUGUGGGAAAUGUUUUUCAGAUCACUCAAAUCUGCGUAAACAUUAUAAUAGUCACACGGGGGAGAAGCCAUUUUCAUGUUCAGAAUGUGGGAAAUGUUUUUCCCAGAAAUCAGAUGUUGUUAUACAUCAGAGAGUUCACACGGGGGAGAAGCCAUAUUCAUGUACGGAAUGUGGGAAAUGCUAUAGCGUAAAGUCGAGUCUUGUUGUCCAUCAGAGAACUCACACGGGGGCAAAGCCAUAUUCAUGUUCAGAAUGUGGGAGAUGUUUUGCUCAGAGAUCCGUUCUUGUGACACAUCAGAGAAGUCACACAGGGGAAAAGCCAUUUUCGUGCCCAGAAUGCGGCCAACGUUUUAAACAGAAAUCGCAUCUUAUAACACAUCACAGAAUUCACACAGGAGAGAAGCCGUUUUCAUGCUCAGCAUGUGGGAAAUGUUUUAAAGACAAAUCAGAUCUUAUUAAACAUCAGCGGAGUCACACAGUGGAGAAGAAGUUUUCAUGUCCAGAAUGUGGGAAGUGCUACAAAAACAAAUCAAAUGUUAUUAAACAUCAGAUUUGUCACACAGGGGAGAAGCCAUUUUCAUGUUCAGAAUGUGGGAAAUGUUUUACCCAGAAAUCAUAUCUUGUUAGACACCAGAGAUAUCACACAGGGGAGAGGCCAUAUUCAUGUUCAGAAUGUGGGAAAUGUUUUACUCAAAGAUCAUAUUUAGUUGUCCAUCGAAAAGUUCACAUAGAGCCAUUUUCAUGUUCAGAAUGUGAGAAAUGUUUUAACCAGAAAUCAAAUCUUGUUACACAUCAGAGAAUUCACACAGGAGGGAAGCCAUUUUCUUGUUCAGAAUGUAAAAAAUAUUUUAACCACAAAUCGCAUCUUCUUAGACAUCAGAGAGUUCACACAGGGGAAAAAACAUUUUCAUGUCCAGAAUGUAAGAAAUGUUUUACCCAGAAAUCGGAACUUGUUCGGCAUCAGAGAUUUCACACAGGGGAGAAGCCAUUUUCGUGUUCAGAAUGUGGGAAAUGUUUGACCCAGAAAUCAGAUCUUGUUAGACAUCAGAGAAAGCACACAGGGGUAAAGCCAUAUUCAUGUUCAGAAUGUGGGAAAUGCUUUACUCAGAAAUCAGUGUUAGUUGACCAUCAUAAAACCCACAUAUAGGAGAAUAUAUUUUGAUGCCAUAUGUUAAAAUUGUUAUAACCAAAACACAUCACUCAUUGCCAACAUCAAAGAACCAACAAUGGCAUGGCUAGAUAAAUUGUGGGCUCAAAGGACUUUCAGAUGGGAGAAAGAACAUUCUCUGAUGAAACCAAGAUUGAACUUUCUGGCCUCAAUUCUAAGCAUUAUGUCUGGGGGAAACCAGGCACUGCC